UUCCAUCUUGAUGAAAUACAUUAAAUAAUAGGUCGAAAAUAAUCAGAGAGGAAAGUGCUGUUUGUUUUGAGGUGUAGAAGAUGAGCAUUACGAAAGCAGCUGUUAUUGUUUGUCUCCUUGGAAUAGUAGAAUCGCAGAAAGGGUGUCCAUAUCCAAGCUGGCAGGUUCAUUGUGCUGAUCAGAGUCAAUGUAUAUACGAUUGGGAACAAUGUGAUGGUGAAACAGUUCAUUGUCGUGAUGGAUCUGACGAACAAGAGGAUAUUUGUAGAAAUCACACAUGUCUAAGCACUGACCUUAAAUGUGCUGAUGAUUUACAAUGUUUUUCAUAUCUGUAUCUUUGUAAUGGGAGACGGGAUUGUUAUGACGGAUCAGAUGAGGCAUUCAAUAUCUGUAAAACCAAAGAAUGUGCAUUCAGACAGCGUUACUGCGAUAAUGGGAACUGUGUUUACAUUACUGAGUUCUGUGACGGAAAGGAUGAUUGCGGAGACAAUUCUGAUGAAAAAGAACCUUGCUUCCGUAACAACUACUGAUGUCAUGUCAUAAUAGCAUCAUUUACAGAACCAUCCAAUAACAGUUCUGAUGAAAAAGAACCUUAUUUAAUCAAAUUUUGAAAUCAGAGAAUAGUUAUAUAUUCAACACCACUCGAUAUAACCUGUAAUAAGCAUGUUUUACAUAUUUCAUUAUACAA